AAAUGAAUGGUUUAUAAGUAGUACUUGUGCCGCCAUUAGCUGAAACCGUGUCUGCAACCAUGGCUCCUCCUCCUUCACUUCUGCUUCCCACCGCAUCCCUCCUCUGCUCAUUUGCUCUCCUUUCAAUUUCAAGAGCUGUAGCACAUGACAUUCUUCCCUUGAGAUCCUCUCUAACCGUCGAAGCCUUCCAAACUGACAUGCUGCAAUCAUCAGAUGGCACCUUCUCCUGUGGUUUCUACAACAUCUACACCAAUGCCUUCACAUUUUCAAUAUGGUAUUCCAAGGCGGCAAACAAAACCGUCGUCUGGAGUGCAAAUCGCGACCGCCCUGUCCAUGUCAAAAGGUCAACCCUGGCCUUGCAGAGGGAUGGAAAUAUGGUCCUAAGAGAUUAUGAUGGCACAGUUGUGUGGCAAGCUGGUGGCAACUUCAGAAAUGUCCAGUAUGCUCAGCUGUUGAAUACUGGGAAUUUCAUCUUGAAGGAUACCAAUGGCAAGACAAUAUGGCAAAGUUUUGAUUCACCCACAGACACUUUCCUACCAACUCAGCCCAUCACUGCUUCUACAAAGUUAGUGCCUACAACCCAAUCACCUGUUCCUGGUAACUACAUCUUCCGUUUCAGUGAUCUAUCAGUACUGUCACUUAUAUAUGACACUCCUGAAGCUUCGGAUAUAUACUGGCCAGACCCUGAUCAGACUCUCUACCAGGAUAAUAGAAACCAGUACAACAAUACUAGGUUGGGGAUGUUGGACAACAACGGGAGUUUUGGGUCGAGUGAUUUUGCUGAUGGUCAACCACUUGUGGCCUCUGAUGCAGGGCCUGGGAUUAAGAGAAGGCUAACUCUGGAUCCUGACGGUAAUCUUCGGUUGUACAGCUUGAAUGAAUCAGAUGGUUCAUGGAAAAUUUCAAUGGUAGCACUGUCCCUUGCUUGCAACGUCCAUGGCGUAUGCGGUCCUAAUGGAAUCUGUCACUACUCACCUAAACCUGCAUGUUCAUGCGCACCAGGCUAUGUGAUGAGGAACCCAGGUAACUGGACUGAAGGCUGUAAUGCUAUUGUCAACAUAACAUGUCAUAAUCAGGAACCUAUGAAGUUUGUGAGACUCCCGCAGACAGAUUUUUGGGGCUCCGAUCAGCGGCAUAUUCGCUCGGUUUCUUUACAUGCUUGUAAGAGGACCUGCAUGGGUGACUGCACCUGCAAAGGCUUUCAAUACCAGGAAGAUACAGGGUCAUGCUAUCCGAAAGCUGGUCUUUUUAGUGGACGGACCUAUCCAUCAACCGAUGUGCGAACAAUAUAUCUCAAGCUUCCUUCCAAGGUGAAUGUUUCAAGCACAACUUUUCGUUACUCGGACGUGUUUGAUUCUGCACCACCUAGUCUUGAUUGCAACCAGAUGAGCAGCAUACUACCAAAUCUAGAAGUGCAUAACAAUGGUGUGGAAGAAUCAAAGUGGUUCUACUUCUACGGUUUCAUAGUUGCAAUUUUUGUUGUUGAAGUUUCCUUUAUAGCAUUCGCAUGGUUCUUUGUUCUGGGAAGAGAGCUUAGGCCAUCAGAGUUAUGGGCGGCCGAGGAAGGAUACAAAGUGAUGACUAGUCAUUUUCGAAGAUACAGUUACGGAGAACUAGUGAAGGCGACAAUAGAUUUCAAAGUUGAGCUAGGAAGGGGAAGUUCAGGCGUAGUGUACAAAGGUGUCUUAGAAGAUGAAAGACCAGUUGCUCUGAAAAAGCUGGAGCAUAUUAGUCGGGGUAAGGAAGAGUUCCAGGCUGAGCUGAGUGUGAUUGCCAGGAUUUACCACAUGAAUCUAGUGAGAAUAUGGGGGUUUUGUUCAGAGGGAUCUCACAGGCUGUUGGUUUGUGAAUAUAUCGAGAAUGGCUCACUGGCUAGCAUUUUGUUCAGUGACAAAAACAAUAUCUCGCUGGACUGGAAGCAACGGUUCAAUAUUGCGUUAGGAGUUGCGAAAGGAUUGGCCUAUCUUCACCAUGAGUGCUUGGAAUGGGUCAUUCAUUGUGAUGUGAAACCUGAGAAUAUACUGUUGGACAAGAACUUUGAGCCUAAGAUCACUGACUUUGGAUUGGCAAAGUUACUAAGCAGAGGUGGGUCCAGUGAGAACACAUCUCAUGUCCGAGGAACGACAGGUUACAUUGCUCCUGAGUGGAUUUCUGGCCUCCCUAUCACGUCGAAAGUUGAUGUGUAUAGCUAUGGAGUUGUGCUUCUUGAGCUUUUAUCUGGAAGCAGAGUCUCGGAGUUGACCGUCGGUUCAGAUGCAGAGGUGCAUAGUAUGCUCAGGAAGCUUGUCACAACGCUUGCAGAUAAACUGGAAGGAAAUGAUGAAUCUUGGAUCGACAGAUUUGUGGAUUGCAAAUUGAGUGGACAAUUCAGCUAUGUACAAGCUAGAACAUUGGUCAAACUGGUUGUUUCUUGUUUGGAGGAAGAUAGAAGAAAGAGAUCAACUAUGGAAUCUAUUGUCCAGACUCUCCUAUCAUUUGAUGAAGCGAACAAGUAGUACCAAUUUAAUUUUGUAUGUGACCUUUUAAAUAUGGCAACAAUAUUUCGUUGCUAGGUCAAAGAUGUAUGCAUGCCACAGUGUGGAACUUUUUCCAGUAGUAGUCAUUGAUGAAAGUUUUGUUGCAUUUAGUAAAAACAUGAGAAUGUUUGAAUGUGUGAUGUUUUUUUUUUUUUGAAAGCAUUUGAAUGUGUGAUGUUAGUGUGUGAAAUGACACUGAUGUCAUGAUUGAUGAUUGUACAUGCUCUAA